AUGGCACCCGAAACCGGCCUCGGCCGCCGAAAGCGGGCGCGACCACAGUCUGACCAGGAUUCGACUGCACCAGAGCCGAAUGUUACCACGACGUCUUCAGCAAAGAAACGACGGCUGGACGGUGACGCCACCUCGUCUCCCGCUCCCCCAAACGGCUUUUCCGCCUUUACUUCAGCCAUAGGGAACGUGUUCGGGUUCGGGCGAAAGGCCAGUGCCCAGGGCGCCGCCAAAGCGAAGCGGCAGAAUGGGAAGACCCCGUCGGCAUAUGAUGAUAUCCCCAGUUCCAGUGACGAGGGACGAGGUGCGCCAACUCUUCAGAAGGGCUCUCGGCCUGCAGUUUCGAUUACAAAACCGAAAAAGCCGGCAAAGUCACCACGACAAGCCCGGAAGAACGAUGUCUACGAUGUACCUAGCUCUGGGGACGAGCACGAGAUCCCCUCGGAAAUAGCUGAGCAGUCUAACACCCAGGAUAAGGCAUCGCGCAGCACGAGACAGGCCAAUGGGCCAGUGAAAGGGCCUGGCACGGCAAGAAAGAGCACGGGGAGGCCACGAGGUGGACAUGCCCCUGACAACGAUACAGCAGAGCAGGAGGAGGAAGCGGAGGAGGAGGUUCCUCAAGGAACUCCGUCCAGAACUCGUGGCCGACGACCCGCGGUAAAACAACUUGCUGGGCCAGGUGCAAGAUCGGGCCAAAAGACCACGACCUCAAAACAGCCACCGCCAACACCAAAGGGUAUUUUGACGCCUCGGCACAAGAAACGCGGGCGGCCUCGCAAAAGCGUCGCUUUCAAUAGCGAGGACAACAAGCCGGCAGCCGAAGUGUUCUUCGAUGAUCUACCUGUCAAAUCAAAGUCCAAAGGUGGGCGCUUGAAUCAGACCGACGCCCCUACCAAGGGUGGGGAGCCCGAGAUUCAAGCCUCCGAGGGUGAAGAUGACGAGGAAAGCGAAGACGAUGAAGUUUGCGCGAUAUGCGGCAAACCUGACUCCGAGGCUCCAAACGAAAUAAUUUUUUGCGAAAACUGCGACAAGGCUGUACAUCAGAAGUGUUACAAUGUCCCAGUGAUCCCCGACGACGACUGGUUUUGCAAGGACUGCCUGCAAGAGGACGUGAUCUCAGGGACCAACGGCUCCUCAGCAGUACACCAGGUGUCAGAGUCGGCAGAAUUACCUGAUAUUCCCAAUUUUGAGCAGCACCUACAGACGAUGCAACGCGUUCUCAUCGAUCGCUGUUCAGGCAACCGGCGUAUCAAGUUAAAGGGGCAAGAAGAGGCGUAUGAGAAGGCCUAUCAGCUGGUGGAACAGACCGUGCUAGCUGGUGAAGGAAAUUCGAUGAUGGUGAUAGGAGCUAGAGGUUGCGGCAAGACCUUGCUUGUUGAAAGUAUUGUUCGAGAUCUAGUUGCCGAGAACCACGACUCCUUCCACGUUGUCAGGCUCAACGGCUUCAUCCACACGGACGAUAAGCUUGCCCUCAAGGAGAUCUGGCGGCAAUUGGGUAAAGAGAUGGAGGUCGAAGAUGACAUGAACAAGACGAGCAACUAUGCCGACACUCUUGCUUCGUUACUGGCUCUGCUCUCCCACCCUUCAGAAAUCACUGGUGCCGAUGACGGCGUGACUUCAAAAUCGGUUGUCUUUGUGAUAGACGAGUUCGACCUGUUUGCUACACACGCUCGUCAAACCCUGCUAUAUAAUCUUUUCGACAUUGCCCAGGCCCGAAAAGCACCCAUUGCCGUGCUUGGCCUUACUACCCGGGUGGACGUUGUGGAAAGCCUGGAGAAGAGAGUGAAGAGCCGAUUCAGUCAUCGCUAUGUGCACUUAUCGUUACCCAAAAGUCUCUUGGCUUAUUGGGAUAUUUGCAAACAGGGAUUACUAGUGGAUGAGGAGGACUUGGAGACAGAGGGAUUCGACUUAAGUCUGGAUGGCCUGGACGAGUUCCGCGCAUACUGGGACCAACAAGUAGAGGCCCUCUAUAAAGCGCCAUCUUUCCAGGACCACCUGGAGUACCACUUCUACACGACGAAGUCUGUCGCUGGUCUUCUCACUACAUUCAUCUUACCUCUGUCGGCACUAUCAGCCACGUCGCCCCGGCUGAAGAUCUCAUCCUCACCAGCCUUGCCCGGUCUUGAUGCCCCGGACUCCAAACUUCAUCUCUUGGCAGCCCUGUCAGAUCUAGACUUGGCACUGCUGAUCGCUGCUGCCCGCCUCGAUAUUGUCGCGCAUACUGAUACGGUCAAUUUUGCGAUGGCUUACGACGAGUACAGUUCCCAGAUGGGCAAGCAGAGGCUUCAAUCAGCCAGCUCCGGCAUGGUGGCGCUGGGUGCUGGAGGAAGAGUCUGGGGUCGAGCUGUGGCUAUCAUGGCCUGGGAGAGGCUCGUGUCUCUCGGGAUCUUGAUACCAGCUGGUAUUGGCGGAAGGAGUAACGCUAUUCAUGGUGGGUUAGAGGGCAAGAUGUGGAAACUGGAUGUUUCGCUGGAAGAGAUCCCAGCUGCCGUAGAGUUGCCGGGCUUCCUCGUGAAAUGGUGCACCCAGAUAUAA